UCCUCUCUGAGCCAUUCUCUCACUGGCUCUUUCAUUCCUGCGCUCCCUCCUCUCCUCUCCUCCACUGGUCACCCCCGUUCUUACUCCAGCUGCUGCCCCGUCCAAGCUUUCGGCUUUGCUGAGAAUAAACACAGAAGAAAAAAGUCCGGGAGAACUCACUCCAAGCAUUAAAGAGACUUCUUCCUUUGCGAGGCUGGUAGGGGUGAGCUCUCUGUGCCAGUCAAUCGGGUCGGUUCUGAGCGUUUUGGAGCACAGCAGCAACCAACAGUCAUGACCCAGAGUAACGGGGAGAACCCGCGGUCCCGGAACCGCGUCCAGCAGAUCCGAGAGGGCAUCCACCUGCGCUCCUUGAGGGCCAAGAAGAAAGUGGAGAACAUCACCAAGGAUGAUGUCAAGGGCUUCAUGCGGAGGAAUGCCUUCGUCAUCUUCACCAUUGCUGCUGUCGUCAUCGGCAUUAUGUUAGGAUUUGCUCUGCGGCCGUACAAGAUGUCGUAUCGCGAGGUGAAGUACUUCUCCUUCCCCGGAGAGCUGUUGAUGCGCAUGCUGCAGAUGCUGGUGUUGCCCCUGCUGGUCUCCAGUCUCAUCACAGGCAUGGCUGCACUGGACAGUCGGGCGUCAGGGAAGAUGGGCAUGCGGGCUGUGGUGUACUACAUGACCACCACAGUCAUCGCCGUCUUUAUCGGCAUCAUCAUGGUGCUGAUCAUCCACCCAGGGAAGGGCUCCAAGGAGGAGUUCACCCGGCAGCAGAAGAUUGAGCAAGUCAGCCCUGCUGACGCCUUCCUUGACCUCAUCAGGAACAUGUUCCCUCCAAACCUGGUGCAAGCCUGCACACAGCAGUUCAAGACACAGUACGGCAAGAGGGUGGUGCACGUGAAGGUGACAGUGAAUGACACCAUCUUCAACCUGACCAAUGGCAGCCAGGAGAUCGCCCGCGAGGAGGUGAUCCCCAUCCCGGGCACGGUGAGUGGGGUCAACGCCCUGGGCCUGGUGGUCUUCUCCAUGUGCUUCGGCCUGAUCAUCGGGAACAUGAAGGAGCAGGGCCAGGCCCUCAGGGACUUCUUCGACUGUCUCAAUGAGGCCAUCAUGCGCCUGGUGGCAAUUAUCAUGUGGUAUGCCCCUAUUGGCAUCCUGUUCCUGAUAGCGGGGAAGAUUGUGGAGAUGGAGGACAUCACGGCGAUGGGCGGCCAGCUGGGCAUGUACACCAUCACAGUCAUCAUCGGCCUGCUCAUCCACGCCAUCUUUGUGCUGCCCACCCUUUACUUCGUCAUCACCAGGAAGAACCCCUUCAUCUUCAUCGCUGGCCUACUGCAGGCCCUCAUCACUGCCCUGGGCACCUCGUCCAGUUCAGCCACACUGCCCAUAACCUUCAAGUGCCUGGAGGAAAACAACAAUGUGGACAAGCGAGUGACGCGCUUUGUGCUGCCGGUGGGUGCCACCAUCAAUAUGGAUGGCACUGCGCUAUACGAGGCUCUGGCAGCCAUCUUCAUUGCGCAGGUCAACAACAUGGACAUGAACUUUGGCCAGAUCAUCACCAUCAGUAUCACGGCCACUGCUGCCAGUAUUGGUGCUGCUGGCAUACCCCAGGCUGGACUGGUCACCAUGGUGAUUGUGCUGACCUCUGUUGGACUGCCCACCGAUGAUAUCACCCUCAUCAUUGCAGUGGAUUGGUUCCUAGACCGCCUGCGCACCACCACCAACGUGCUGGGAGACUCGAUCGGGGCAGGCAUCGUGGAGUACCUGUCCCGGCACGAGCUGCAGACAAAGGAUGCGGAGAUGGGCAACUCUGUGGUAGAGGAGAAGGAGAUGAAGAAGCCCUACCAGCUCAUCUCCCAGGAGAAUGAGUAUGAGAACGAGAAACCUCCAGACAGCGAAACCAAGAUGUAGACCUGUCCCUACCCACCCCCCCCCCCACGUGUCCCGUCAGGUCUUAUUCCGUAUUCCUUUUUUUUUUUUUUUUUUUGGAAGAGUUACUGUACAGGUGUUAGUGAUUUUCCCCCAGAAUCUGCUGUUAAUUUCAUGUUGGAUUUGUUUUGUGUCAUGUAACAUUACUUGUCUUAUUCUUGAUAAACCAGAUAACUAUGGAAGAGUGGUUCAUACAUAAUAAGAAGGAAACAGACCUUUUACCAUAUUUUUGUACAUGCUGGCUAGUGAUAUUGAAACCCCUGUAUUGUCUGUUUGUAGCUGUGUUGUUAUAGACCAUGGAUGGGUUUGUACAGUCAAGUUUCCUUUUUCCAUAGGCUCUCAGAGUUAAGACCUCUAGAUUAAUAAUACUUCUGCUAAAUAUAUACUAGAGCGUAAGGUUGUAUUAGUAAGUGUUCUUGCUCUGUUUUAUUUGUUGUGUUUUUUUUUUUUGGGGGGGGGGGGGGUUAAUUACGGCUUUUCUUCCAUUUGAUUUUAUUUUAAAUUCACCACCUGUAAUGAUAACCUAUUAUCUCUGCAGCGGCAUUUUUCAGGGGAUGGAUAUUUAAGCGGUGUUCCUUUUUGCUAUUUGUCAGGUUAAAUGCUGCCAUUCACAGCCCAUACAAAAUUUGGGGAAAGUGUCUAGAAUAUUAGCAGGCUUUUCCCACAUUAGCAUAACACAUUUUUUACUGGAAUCCUACCAAUAUGGAGGACUCAAGCAGGAAUUCUGAGACGUCAUGCUGGUAGCUGCUGGAAUAGGUUUUGUUCCAUCACUUUUUGAAAAUAACAGCGGAAGGUAUUGUACGAAGAUGGAGAAAACAGUGGGUCACAGAGAUGAGUUGAAAAAUGGUGUAGUUUGAUUAGAUUAGAUUAAUGAAGAACAAACUUCUGCCAUUUGGAUUUUUGUUGAACAGCAGGCAUUGAAGCCCUGUUGAAAUUUCCAGGUUAAACAAAUCUCACACAUUAAGGGCCAGUCAGAGUUAUGACUGACUUGAGUUAUACCUGUCCACUCAUGUCAGAGCCAAGGUCAUUAUAUUGGUCAUUUUUAGUUUGGGUCACAGAGGGAUACAUUUGAGUGAGAACAGUACCCCUUGAAAGUGAUGGCAUGACAGACCUUUUUGGGGAGUACUUGCCGUGUCUGGGAACCCCGUAUCUUUAUUCACUGUACCCUGAAAACAGAUGAUGGGUCAUUUGCUUUAGAGAGUCCCCAUCAGUCAUUUUUGUCAGCAAAUUUAAUUUAAGUAAGCUUUACAAGAUAAAGUUUCCUUUGUAUGCUUUUGAAAAGGGUUUAUUUGAAAAUUCAUCCGGUUCACUUUGAGGUCUAAAUAUUUACAUUUUUUAUCUGAUUUUUUUUUUUACAUCCACAUGGAGGGUGUGAUUUAGCC